CUUGGGGAAUAACUGUUUCUGACAAGCCAUCAUCAAUCGCGGCCAAAUAUUGUUUUCUGCAAGCAAAUUUAAUCUUUUUGUGCUUUAAAAUGUUGAAACGUGAUCUGCAGAGCAUCACACUGAAGCUGUCCGAUCUCAAGGAGUACGACGCUAAGCGCCUUGAGAACAAAAUUAAGAAUCAGCGCCCCCGACAAUCUGUGGAGCCCAUCACCGGGGACGACGCGUCCACUUCGGGCACGACCACUUCCAGCUUUUCAGGUGGCAAUUUCACGGAUACACCGUCCGCGAACACACCCACUGGUUCGACCACGCCAACGCUGCCCACCGAGGAGGAUGUGGCUGAUCGUCCGCCCCGACCCACUUCCGUGGCCGCCACAGCCACAACCGCAGCCACGAAUUCCGGCUCGACCGACGAUGAUGUUAGCGUGGCGGCCGUGGCCGAUGACAACGACACCAUCGAUGAGCUCAGCGACGACAACUGGGUCGACUUGGAGCCCAACGACGAAGAUGGAGCAAGAGGUGGAGCCUAGCCUAGACAAGCCAAGCGGCAUGCAUUUCUGGUGCUUGCAUGUGCCCAAUUUUGUAAACGUAACAAAAUAAUUAGAGCAGAAUUCAAACUCGA